AUGGAAAGCAAUGAUGAGCAACUACCAUUCUGUAGUAUUUGCUUGAGUUCAUCUGAUUCACGGUAUAUCAAAUACAAUAUGGUGGUAUCAGGUAUAAUAUUACCAAUAAUUGGUUUAAUUGGAAUUGUUGGAAAUGUUCUAGUUAUGGUUGUUUAUGGAAGUAUCGAGCAACGAAGGUAUUCAACAAAUAUUUAUUUAGCUGCUUUAGCAUUGAGUGAUUUUUGUAUGAUAUGCACAGCAAUCAUUCUAUAUGGUUUAGAAGCAUGGAGACAUCAUGGACCAACAGCUUUGGCAACUGUUUACGGUAAAAGCGCAGAAUUUGUUUUCCCGAUCAGUACUAUCCUACAAACUACUUCCGUUUAUUUUUGUGUUGCUGCAGCGGCUGAUUUUUUUGUUCGAAUUGUUUUAUCAGCACAAAUUAAAGAUAAAAUUUGUACGCCAAGAUUUGCACGCUUAUCAGUGUUAUCAAUUGCAAUCAUAUCAUUACUGUAUAAUGUGCCACAUUUUUUUGAAUUAAGAACAAUUGAUUGCAUUGAUGAAAUAAGAAACAAUACUUUAUCAGUGCAAGUUUGUCCUACUGAGCUUCGAAAUAAUGCAUCAUAUUAUCAAUUAUACUAUACCUAUAUGUACACAAUAUUUAUGGCUGUUGGACCACUUCUACUUAUUGUUAUUCUUAAUGUAUUAGUUGUUCGAGCUGUACUCAAAAAUGGUACUUCAGAUGAUUCCGAUACGAUUAGUCUUAUAUUGGUCGUUUUUAUGUUCAUCUUUUGCAAUUCAGCUGCUCUUUUGGUUAAUUUUAUUGAAAUGGUCUUUGCUGAAAAGGCUUAUCAUUUAUUGGUAUAUUUGGUUGACAUGUCUAAUUUACUGGUAGUUAUCAAUUGUACCGGCAAUUUCUUUUGCUAUUUAUUCUUUGGUGCAAGCUUCAGACGUACACUUCGAAAAAUUCUUAUUGGACGAUCAAACCAAUUUUAUUUAGACUCAUUUACUGGCUAUCAUCAAUAA